AUGGAACGUUGGCUCUCUGCUAGCCUGCUCCACCUCGGGCGGCAGGCUCAGCAGCAGCGACGUUGCCCUGGUGGGCGCGAGGUCGAGGGGCGACGCGAUGGGGCGGGUUCGCAAGACAGUAUCUUCGGUCAGCAGCUGGAGCGGGUGGUUAGGAAGUUUGCCAAGCCGGAUGUGGUAGUCUCAGAGCGGCAGAAGGAGCGCCAAGGGGGCGACGGCCAGCCGGGCUACCUCGAGCGCGUAGGCGUGCCCGCGGUCGACGUCGCAGACCAACGAGGGCUCGAGGCGGCCUGCGCCGACGCGGGACGCCGGGUGCAGCGCGGCAUCGCGCCACUAUGCGAGCACGGCCUCGACUGCCAGUUGGGUCGAGAUUGGGUUCAGGCUCGAGCCAGAGCCGUGCGGCGGACGGCGGUGCGGGCUGCCGUUACCGCUGCUCACAACUCAAUCAAAAUCAAUUUUCACAGCGAAACUUGCGGUAUCUCAGCAGAACCACUCACAGCUCCUCAGUGUAGUACGGUGUAGGAGUAAAGCGAUCGGCA